AUGGCUGCUUCUUCUUCUGAUCGUCUCACUGGCUUCCCUCUUCUCGAAACAGAAGAUUUGUUCCAGGGCUUGUCUCUAGGUUCAGAUGCAAGUGAAGUGUCUCGGAGCCGUAAUAAGGGUUCUCUUCAGCACCAGUAUGGUCAUGUGCCUUAUGGUUCACACACUGCUCCACCUUCUCAUGGAAGCCAAAGAAGGCCUAAUAUGAAUGUUGGCAAUCUGCUAAACGGUGGAGAUUCAUACCCGUGGGGUUACUUCUCACCAAACUAUCCUUCUGGUGGCUAUCAGGAUCCGAGGUUUGGUUAUGGCCACAACAGCAAUUCCAAUCCCUUCUCACAUCUCAUGAAUCCACAUGAAUCGCCGAGUAUUGACCAAUUUGGACACAGUGACCAUUUGUAUCCCAACCAUGGACUGUAUGGGCUUUACGGGAAUGUGAUUGACUCUGGUCAUGCUUAUGGAACGUUUGGUUAUGAUUCAUGGAAACUCGGGAGAGGAUGGUAUCCUGUUGAUGGUUAUAGGAAGACCAGAAGCUUCAACUACGGGCGAAGUUACAGUGAAGAGAAAGCUGAUAGGCUUAAUGAGCUUUGCCGAGGACCAAGGAGCACUGAUUCCAAAACUCCACAUGGUGCUGCUGCUGCUAACUCUACAAUGCUUGAGAAGAUGAAGCAAGACGUCCCAGUGGUGGAUCUCCAGCGCUACAACGGAGAGAACUUCCCUGAAACUUUGUAUUGA